UUUUAUGAUUUGUCGGAUUUUGGGAUUUUGUUUGUUUAUCCUGUUGCUAAGAAGUGUAAAUAAAAUUAUUUCUAUUUAGUUAAAGCCGUAAAUGUGAAGUCGUACACUAUCUUUUUAAAGACUAGGUAUCACCAUGCCUGAUAGUAAUCCAGAGCCCCACCCAGAUGAUUCCGCUUAUCAGCCAAGAGUAAGAUGGGUGUUGCCCAACAGAGUGGACUUCGUGACUUUCAUGGGCAAAGAUGUGUUCAUAAUAGCACAUGACAUCUACAUAGUAUUUUUCAACUUGAAAACUCAUUCAGAACUGGUGUAUGUUGCCAACAGCCAGAAGAAUGGAGAUGGGGUUGAUGUUGUUGCAGGACACAGAAGUAAUACAUUUGCAUUUGCUGAAAAAGUCAAGCAUGGAAGAAUAUUUAUUGUCAAUUAUCCUGCAUUCAAUAUUGUUGCUGAGUUGAGAGAUAAGACAGUGAACCGGUACAAAGGGCUCUGCAUGAUGGAGUGCGAGCUGGUGGCGGGCUUCAGCGGGUUCCCCAACUACGUGGUGUCGGUGUGGAACUGGCGCACGCACCAGCGCCUCGUCAGCGCGCCCACCGGCGUCGUGCGCCGCAGCCAGAUCUACAUGGCCAGCCGCACUCACAUGCUAAUCUGCGAGUGCUGGGGCGAAGGGCUGAUCGUGUGGGAGGUGGCGCAGUGCUACAAGCGCAGCCUGCUGCUGCAGCGCGCCAAGCAGGAGGUGACGGGCUGGGAGGUGUCGGAGCCGCCGCUCGUCGGCGUCUGCUGGAGCGGCGAGGGCCAGCUGUACGCCAUCGACCCUGCCGCCAACCUGUACAGCGUGCUGUCAGACGGUAUAGGCAUGGUCACCAACCUGGAAUGGUCUGAGAAUUUACAUGGAAAAAUCAAACCAUGCAUAUGUGCGUUCGGAAACGGGUUCUUGAUCUACGGCCCCGACAAACUUCUUCGUGCGCUAAAAAAAGCCGAGCACAAAUGGAAGGUAGCGUGGAGCUACAAACCUCUGGACGUGAUUACUCGACUGGUGGCCAACGCUACCUGCGACUUGGCCGCUAUGUGGGCGCGCUGCGGGCUGGGAUACAAGAUCACCGGCGAGUCCGAAGACAAGCUGGAUGUCAAGAUCUUCACCUUCAAGCAGAGGAACAUCAUAAAGGUGCAACUGAUAGCACCCGACUACAAGUACGUGGCGACGAUGAACGACUCUGGUGUGCUGUGCAUCUAUGAAGCAGUAUCUGCUAAAUUAGUAGCGAUAAAGUCCAUCGAAGGCAACGACAUAUCGUUCGAGGCGAGCCCCGUGGAGCCCCUGCUUGCUAUAUUCGGCGAGGUGGGCCCAAACUACGGGCUUAUGCUGGCCGCCAUACGAGACAAUGAAGAUCGCGUCGAGAUUGACAAGGUGGGCCGCAUGUGCCUGACGCACCAGAUCGUGUCGCUGGUGGCCUUCUCGCCCACGGGCAGGGAGAUGGUCGCCGCCGCCAUGUCCGCCGGACACAUCUUUGUGUUGAAGCUGUCGGAGGACUACAAGCUGUCGCUGGUGCGGUACACAGAGCUGGGCCGCGGGCUGGCGGACUGCUUCCUCAUGAAGGUGGGCGACGCCAUGCGCUGCUUCAGCCUCGUGCUGUUCUCCGACAAGUACGCCAUCGGCGAGCGCAUAAUCUGCAUCAACGCAGAGACGGGCAAAGACAACAAGUUCGCGGGCAAGAUGCAGGGCCCCUACGCCAAGCUCAUGCCGCUGGCCGCGCGCGACACCAUGCUGGCCAUCCCGCAUCUCACCACUAAGGUGCACGUGCUCAAGCUGGCCGGCGAUAAAGGCGUGACGGUAUCGGUGAAGAUGGGCCCGAUGAUAGACACGGGGCACGAGAUGAAGCAGUUCAGCGCUUACCUCGGCGCGCGUGCGUUGCUCACGUACGGAUACGACGGCGCCGUCAUCCUGCGCCGCCCCGACUUCCCCGAAGACUAUGAACUGAAGCUAGUGAUGAGCCACCGCUACGAGUCGGGAGUGCGGCAGGCGGUGAUCGACGCCGACAACCAGUUCGUCAUCCACCUGGCCGGCAACCGCACCGUCGCCUGCGCCUUCCUGCACGACAGAGACGACCUCAAGCACGAGCCCGUACACGAGGAGCUCAGCCCCAGCCUGUUCGAUAGUAUGGAGACCAUGAUCAUCAUUGGCGAUAGAGAUAAGAACUACCUGGACCUGCAAGAAGACAAGAAAGUCCACGAGGAGGCAAUGGACUAUAAACGCGCGCGCGAAGAAGUGCUGCGCGUGUUCGACAGCGUGCGCGCGCGUCUGGUCGCGCUGCUGGAGGAGAACCUGGCCGAGCGCCCGCUGCACCAGCUCUCGCUGGCCGAGUUCAACCUGCACCACGAGCACAGGAAGGAGCGCCUGAAGCAGGUACAGGCGACGGACUGCUGGAGGAGAACCUGCCGAGCGCCCGCUGCACCAGCUCUCGCUGGCCGAGUUCAACCUGCACCACGAGCACAGGAAGGAGCGCCUGAAGCAGGUACAGGCGACGGACUGCUGGAGGAGAACCUGGCCGAGCGCCCGCUGCACCAGCUCUCGCUGGCCGAGUUCAACCUGCACCACGAGCACAGGAAGGAGCGCCUGAAGCAGGUACAGGCGACGGACUGCUGGAGGAGACCUGGCCGAGCGCCCGCUGCACCAGCUCUCGCUGGCCGAGUUCAACCUGCACCACGAGCACAGGAAGGAGCGCCUGAAGCAGGUACAGGCGACGGACUGCUGGAGCAGAACCUGGCCGAGCGCCCGCUGCACCAGCUCUCGCUGGCCGAGUUCAACCUGCACCACGAGCACAGGAAGGAGCGCCUGAAGCAGGCGGAGCGCGAGCGCGAGGAGCUCCGCUUGGCCACGGAGGCUCGCAUCCGUGCGCAGGACAAAGUAACGCGCUGGAUCCGCGAGCGCUGCUGGGACACCAUGCUCACGCCGCGCGUCAAGCUGUUCGCCAUCUUCAGCCACUACCAGGUGGAGAACUACGCGGUGCUACCGACGCAGCGCGACCUGUGGCCCGAGCUGCAGCAGACCGAGGCGCUGCGCGGCGUGGAGAUGGACAACGACGACGACCUCUUCCGGCCCUGGGAGGAGCCCGAGGAGCGCGCCAGCGAGGACCACAGCGCGGCCCAGUCAGUAUACCGAGCCCGACUGUAGCCAGCAGCCUGCCGACCAGCGCGACCUGUG